AGUCGAGCUGUGCAUACAUUUCUAUUUAAUUGAAUAUCAUAUAUGAUUAUAUUGUGUGCAUUCGUUAUAUUAUACGCUUAUUAUUUACUCAAAUUAACUGAAUAUUUAUUUCUAAAUUGAAAGCAAUUAAAGGCUUCUUCACGAAAAUCAUGAAUUCUUCGACACAUGUAUUGAUUUUUCUAACGAUCGCUGGCGUGAUAUAUGGCUCGGAGUCAGCGCCCACUACAUCGACACCGACAUCAUUGACCACAAAAGUAAAAAAUGCGGUCGAGAAGACGGAAGUGACUCUGAAACAGGCCAUCAGUAUAGUGGAGAAACGCCGGCUUACGGAGUGUGUGGCCCGGACUUUAUGCGAACUGGCCUGCAAUCCAGAUACUUAUGGAGACAAAGGAAGGGCUGUCUACCAGACCCUCAAAGAGUUUGAAUCGGAAUCCCUCCCAAAGCUGGCCUUCUAUAAGACGGCCCGAGACAGAGGCCAAGCGCUCACGAAAACCAAUUGCAAUGAAUGCUAUACACUGUACGCCAAAUGCAAGACACCCACCGAGACAUUACUACGA